GGUUUGGCGCCGCCGACAUAACCUGGAAGCAGACGCUAACUUGGGAGCGGUCGCAUUUUACAGGGGUUUGGAGGUGGCUGCGGCUGUGGCUUUAGGAUGAACGCCCCUCCCGCCUUCGAGUCAUUCCUGCUCUUCGAGGGCGAGAAGAAGAUCACCAUUAACAAGGACACCAAGGUGCCCAAUGCCUGCUUGUUCACCAUCAACAAAGAAGACCACACACUGGGAAACAUUAUUAAAUCACAGCUGUUGAAGGACCCUCAGGUGCUGUUUGCUGGCUACAAAGUCCCCCACCCCUUGGAGCACAAGAUCAUCAUCCGAGUGCAGACCACACCCGACUACAGCCCUCAGGAAGCCUUUACCAAUGCCAUCACAGACCUCAUCAGCGAGCUUUCCCUGCUGGAAGAGCGCUUCCGGGUGGCCAUCAAAGACAAGCAAGAAGGAAUUGAAUAGUGGAUGGGAAGGAACCUUGCUCAGCUGGGAGUCCAGCUCCUCCCCUACCCUGGACACUUCUGAGUACCAAGCAGAGGAGAGGCUUGUCUCAGCUGUGACCCUCCUUGUAGAGACAGCGCAUGAGCCCCUCGCCCCUGACACUUAGUCUCCUGUACAUAGGUUCUUAUAUUCCUAACAAAGUAUAGCAAAAAGAGACCUAGUUGUGGGCUGGUGUUGGCUGAGCCUCACUGUCUUAAGUGAAGGUGACUUCACAAGCAAAUGGUCUCAGGCUUAAUGGAGGUCACCUGCAUCACCUGUUUGUUUCAAAGCCACGCAGGGGCCACACUUCAAUGGCUGGGUUGGCCCAGAGAGCCAGGACGCAGACCCUAGCUUCUGUCUGAGAGGUUGGCAGAAACAAACUCAUUCUGGACCAAAAAGUUGGAACCUGGGGGGCUGCUGGGGAGGGGCAGUCUCACAGCAGAAGCGGACUGAGGAC